UUUAGAUCUUUGCCUCAAACACCAUUCUCCAUUUCAAAGAAAACCAAACUCAAAAGACUAAUUUUCUUCUUCGUCAUCCACGUAACCAUGUCAAUGGCAACUUCUCCUCACACCGCUCUCUUCCAAACCCGCACCACCCCUUUCCGCCUCUCCUCCCCUCGCUCCACCUCCUUCAAACCAGCAUCAGUUAAAUGCGCCACCCAGCUCCACACCCAACCCCCACCCCUCACCCACGCCCAAGAUCGCGUCUUCAACUUCGCCGCCGGCCCUGCCACCCUCCCGGAAAAGGUCCUCCUCCGUGCCCAAUCCGAGCUCUACAACUGGGGCGGAUCCGGCAUGAGCGUUUUGGAAAUGAGCCACCGCGGCAAGGAGUUUCUCUCCAUAAUCCAAAAGGCCGAAUCAGAUCUCCGCACCCUCCUCCAGAUCCCGCCGGAGUAUUCCGUCCUCUUCCUCCAGGGCGGCGCCACAACCCAAUUCGCAGCCUUGCCGCUCAACCUCUGCUCCCCUGACGACCCCGUCGACUACAUCGUCACUGGCUCCUGGAGCGACAAGGCCGCCAAGGAGGCGCAGAAGUACUGCAAACCCAACGUGAUCUGGUCUGGGAAAUCCGAAAAGUACACAAAGGUUCCGUCUUUUGGCGAUUUGCAGCAGAAUCCGGGUUCUAGGUAUUUGCAUAUUUGUGCCAAUGAGACCAUUCACGGGGUUGAGUACAAGGAGUACCCUGUUCCUCAGAGUGGUGUUUUGGUUGCUGAUAUGUCAUCAAAUUUCUGCUCCAAGCCUGUGGAUGUGUCAAAGUUCGGUGUUAUCUAUGCCGGCGUCCAGAAGAAUGUGGGGCCCUCUGGUGUGACCAUUGUGAUCAUCAGGAAGGACCUCAUUGGGAAUGCUCAGGGUCUCACUCCUGUGAUGCUUGAUUUCAAGAUCCACGAUGAUAACAAUUCACUCUACAACACCCCUCCCUGUUACGGGAUCUACAUAUGCGGGUUGGUGUUUGAGCAUUUGUUGGAGCAAGGGGGGUUGGUGGAGGUUGAAAAGAAUAAUAAGAAGAAGGCUGAGAUUCUGUACAGUACAAUUGAUGAGAGCAAAGGGUUCUAUAAGUGCCCUGUUGAGAAGUCUGUGAGGUCAUUGAUGAACGUGCCAUUCACUUUGGAGAAAUCAGAGUUGGAGGGUGAGUUCGUCAAGGAGGCUGCUAAGGAGAAGAUGGUUCAGCUGAAGGGACACAGGUCAGUGGGAGGAAUAAGGGCUUCCAUUUACAAUGCCAUGCCCUUGGCUGGGGUUGAGAAGUUGGUAGCUUUCAUGAAGGAUUUUCAGGCCAAGCAUGCUUGAAGGAACCUCAGUCAGUGGUUUGAAUUGCAUAAUCAUAAUCACACAAACCAUUGCAUCCAAGUUUGGGUGUGAUGCUCAAAAUUCUACUUUUUGUGCACUAGCUUUUAUCUAAGUAUUUGUCUGGUAUACGCCGAAAGGGUCGAAUAUGUUGUCAGGUUUUUGCUCUCUGUAGUUAGGUACGCUUUCUUCUGCCAUGUUUGAUAUUCAAAUUUGUGUCGGCUAGGUAAUGUUUUCAUUGCACUUUACAGUUGUUUACUUCUGAAUAAAGAAAUCAAAUGAGGAUGAAAAUUGAGACAUAUAUUGAACUGAUUUACUGCAACAAAGUUUGAUGGAAGGAAAAAUUAUUGUCUGUAUGUCUAGUGUUGGUGUAUUGCAGGCAUUGAAUUUGAAUGAAUCAGAAUUUUCAA